AGUGCGCGUGGCGACGGUGGCGGCAGCGGCAGCAGCGGGGCCGAUGUGUAGUUGGUGACUGCCUCUCCAGAUGCUGAGGUGCCUGUAUCAUUGGCACAGGCCAGUGCUGAACCGUAGGUGGAGUAGGCUGUGCCUUCUGAAGCAGUAUCUAUUUACAAUGAAGUUGCAGUCUCCCGAAUUCCAGUCACUUUUCACAGAAGGAUUGAAGAGUCUGACAGAAUUAUUUGUCAAAGAGAAUCACGAAUUAAGAAUAGCAGGAGGAGCAGUGAGGGAUUUAUUAAAUGGAGUAAAGCCUCAGGAUAUAGAUUUUGCCAGCACUGCUACCCCUACUCAAAUGAAGGAGAUGUUUCAGUCGGCUGGGAUUCGGAUGAUAAACAACAGAGGAGAAAAGCACGGAACAAUUACUGCCAGGCUUCAUGAAGAAAAUUUUGAGAUUACUACACUACGGAUUGAUGUCACCACUGAUGGAAGACAUGCUGAGGUAGAAUUUACAACUGACUGGCAGAAAGAUGCGGAACGCAGAGAUCUCACUAUAAAUUCUAUGUUUUUAGGUUUUGAUGGCACUUUAUUUGACUACUUUAAUGGUUAUGAAGAUUUAAAAAAUAAGAAAGUUAGAUUUGUUGGACAUGCUAAACAGAGAAUACAAGAGGAUUAUCUUAGAAUUUUAAGAUACUUCAGGUUUUAUGGGAGAAUUGUAGACAAACCUGGUGACCAUGAUCCUGAGACUUUGGAAGCAAUUGCAGAAAAUGCAAAAGGCUUGGCUGGAAUAUCAGGAGAAAGGAUUUGGGUGGAACUGAAAAAAAUUCUUGUUGGUAACCAUGUAAAUCAUUUGAUUCACCUUAUCUAUGAUCUUGAUGUGGCUCCUUAUAUAGGUUUACCUGCUAAUGCAAGUUUAGAAGAAUUUGACAAAGUCAGUAAAAAUGUUGAUGGUUUUUCACCAAAGCCAAUGACUCUUUUGGCCUCAUUAUUCAAAGUGCAAGAUGAUGUCACAAAAUUGGAUUUGAGGUUGAAGAUCGCAAAAGAGGAGAAAAACCUUGGCUUAUUUAUAGUUAAAAAUAGGAAAGAUUUAAUUAAAGCAACAGAUAGUUCAGACCCAUUGAAACCCUAUCAAGACUUCAUUAUAGAUUCUAGGGAACCUGAUGCAACUACUCGUGUAUGUGAACUACUGAAGUACCAAGGAGAGCACUGUCUCCUAAAGGAAAUGCAGCAGUGGUCCAUUCCUCCAUUUCCUGUAAGUGGCCAUGACAUCAGAAAAGUGGGCAUUUCUUCAGGAAAAGAAAUUGGGGCUCUAUUACAACAGUUGCGAGAACAGUGGAAAAAAAGUGGUUACCAAAUGGAAAAAGAUGAACUUCUGAGUUACAUAAAGAAGACCUAAAACUGAUGGCUACUAAAAAGCAGAGCAUUUCUGGAAAUAAUCUCAUGAUUUCCAAAGAUGUCUUCAUGUCCCAUCAAUGACACACUACCAGACAUAUCAGAUUCCACAGGAUAAUGGCACCAAGCUACCCAAGUAGAUGUUUCUGGUAUUCUAGACUGCCGUUCAUGCUCUCCAAAAGUAUACUUAAAAGUUUCAAAUACAGUUUCACUUAGAAACUGCAACCCUCCAAGUAAUGUUAUGUUUACCUAGGUAUGUAUCAGAGGCAAUAAUUUCCAAAGCAGAUCUGAUUUUAGAAUAUAACCAAUUUGUUAGAUAACUUUCUCUCUAUCACAUCUGUUUACAAGCAAAGUAUUACUUUGUCUGGACUUAUUUCAUCUUCAGUGUCUGGGAUCGUGGGCAACAGAGCAGAUCGCGUUAAGCCCCAAAAUUUUUGAGGUGACAUGUCUUUUUUGGUGGCCGUAAACUUCCAUCCAAUAUGGCUUGCACAGAUCUUACACUGGGCAACAGUCCAGGCAUACCUAAGAAAUUAAGAAAGAUAUCAGCUAAGGAAACAUUUCUGUACUCCAAGCCUAUCAUAUAAACCUAUCACGAAGACAGACCUUAGAGGCAAAUUCUAAGGAUUAGAGAUUCUAAGUUGAGAUUUGAUCCAUACAGUUCCUUGAAACCUAAAAACAUUUUCUAAUUUUGUAAUAUGUAUGACUUUUAUGCUCUUAAGCCAUGUUUACAUUUUUCUUCUACUGCAUAGAAAUAAAGAGUAAUCUUAUGAAUUUGUUUAUAGAAAUUGCUGGUUGCCAAGACCACAUUCUAACUUAUACUGGCUUUUCCUUUGGUGUAUUGCAGUCAAGUUAGAAAACAGCAAUUACCUGCAGAAAUAAUGCACUUCUGUCUGAGUUAAACUGGAUGGGCCAGGAAGGACACGUCUCAAAAAAUAUUUAAAAACUACUAUUCUAAAAUAAGAACGAUUGUCAGAUAAUGCAACCAGAAAUACAAACCAUGGCAUUUUGUUCUUAAGAUAAACCAUGUAAUUGCAACUGUUUCCUUAUUUUUUUCCCUAGGUAUACCAUGCCACAUUUAUUUAUAGUAACAAAUGUAUUCUAGUUUCAGUCCUCACAUAGGGUGCCAAGUAAGAUAGGGCAAUCCAAGAGACAUAGUCCUAACCCCAGAGUAGCAUGUAAUCCUUUCUUAGCAUCCCUCUUUCUUUGAAAACUGAAGAUAGUACAGCUGAGGGAACUGAACAGGUUCCCAGGAUCAUAGAGAAUCAUUAAGCUGAAGCAAACAACAACAACAAAAAAGGCAAACUAGAAGAAAAGCAGGAUUCGAUGGGUUCUGCACCAUCUUAGUCUAUCAAUCAUUGCUUUGUAAACAUUCUCCGGUUUUUACAUUACUACAGAAUAUGGUCCAGAUAUAAAGUUCUACUGGGUCAUAAGAGAGCUGAUUUUCAGAAUUACAUGACAGAAAAAAACAAUUUUGGAUUUAACUGGAUACAGUAACCCGCGGACAACUGCAGUUGUCAACCUUUUCUUCCUUUCAUUCAAUGAUAAAAGAUAUAAAAAGUGCAACAGAUGUUUCUAGCUAUUUGUGGAAUGAAGGACAUUUAAAUAAAAUUUUUUUUUUUUUUUUAAUAGACAGAUUCUCACUCUGUCACCCAGGCUGGAGUGCAGUGGCACAAUCUUGGCUCACUGCAACACUCUGCCUUCCAGGUUCAAGAGAUUCUUGUGCCUCAGCCUCCUGAGUAGCUGGGAGUACAGACCCCUGCCCCCAUACCCGGCUAAUUUUUGUAUCAAAUUACUCAUUUGUCUACUUUUUAUUAUAAAGAUUGUGGCAACUCUGCUUAGGACUCUGGAUUUUUCUGCCCAAUUAAGGUAAAAAGAGAAAAAAAAAGCAACCACCACCACCAUAAUAUUACCCAGGAAACCAGCUGUGUUCUGUAGAAGGCCGGCCUAUCAGAUUCAAGUUGCAAGCCUUAUACACAGUAAGUGUCUCAUGCACAUAUCCAUGAGGAUUCACAUAAGCUGCCAUCGGCCCACAUAAGGAUAAACUAAAACAAAGAAUCAAGAUGGAGAACAAGUCAAAAUGAGAAGUCUAAUUCUAUUAAAUGCUUAGAAUUUUAUUGAAGUUCACCAAGAAAUGAGGUAUGAGCUAUACAGUUUUUAAUCCUUCAGUUUUAUAUAAUACCAGGAUCUUAGUAUGAAAAUAGGGUGGGGGUAGAGCUGGCAGACAGGCCUGUUUUGUCUAAAUGUCUAAAUAUUUUCUGUGAUGACCCAAAGGAAAUAGUACUUGUUUUUAAAACCCUCCUCAAGACAGACAUUGUAAAGAAUAUAAAACUCAAAUGCUUCUAAAGGAGUCUGAGAGUGUAAGUGCAAUGACAAGGUCCUGUGUGGUCAUUUUGGGGCAGUUGAUUAUUUUGCAGAAAGCAGUUUCCUUACCUUCUUGAUUUAUAACUGAUGGAUUUGUCAUAAAAUGAUUUUCAAACACUGUUAUAUCAGAGCAUCAAGAUGUGUUCAGAAGCAUGUCCUCCUUUGGCCCUAUAUGGCAAAACUGAUGACUGAAAUGUAAUUUCUGAAGCAUCUAUGUUAGGGCCUAAUUGAAGACAGUCUAACAUAUAGAUUGUCAACAAGAAUUAGGGGGAAAAGAAUUUCUCAGUUGUUUUACUUUACCAUGCUCAUUACCUGUGAAUAAUCCCUGACAUGCAUUGUUGCUCUGAGUACCCAAUCUGGAAGAUGGUCUUAGCAAAAGUGAGCUAAUUCCCUAUAUUUCAUUUGCUAAAUGUUUGUAACUUUAAGGUACUGGAGGAAAGUUUAUGGAAAACAGAAAUACAGUCUUGAUUAUAAUUCUGAUAAGGCAAGUAUAUUAAAAACGUAAUAAAGACCUUACCUGAAUAUUUCA